AUGAGAGCUCUCACAGAGGACGAGACCAGGCAGGUGUUCGAGAAGCUGAAGAAGUUCCUGGGAUCGAACCUCCAACUGCUAGUCGACCGAGCUGAUGGCGAAAAUUACGUCUUCAGACUGCACAAAGACCGGGUCUUCUACAUGUCGGAAAAUCUCCUUCGAAAAGCCCAGCACAUCCCGCGGAAAUGCCUUCUGUCGGCCGGCGUGUGUUUCGGGAAGUUCACCCAUUCGAGGAAGUUUAGACUCCACAUUACGUGUCUGGACUACCUUGCUAAGUUGGCCGUGCACAAGAUUUGGGUCAAGCCCGCUGGAGAGCAAAGUUACGUAUAUGGCAAUCACGUUGUGAAGGCACAUCUCCGUCGAGUUACUGAAGAUACUCCUGCUAACACCGGGGUGGUCAUCUUGAAUGAACAGGAUGUGCCACUGGGCUUUGGUGUCACCGCUAAGAGCGUUGGCGAGUGCCGUACGGCAGGACCAGAACAGAUCGUUGUAUACCAUCAGUCCGAUAUUGGAGAGUACCUCCGUGAGGAAGCCAACCUCGUGUAG